CCGCAGCCGCGCGCAAACGGGGAGGCGGGAGCGGGUGCAGUAGGCCCCGCCCACAGAGGAGGGGACCGCGCCGGAAGCCCCCUGCUCUGUGGGAACCGGAGGGAGGACAGCGCAAGGUCCCCGGACAAACCGUGGCGCAUAAGUCCAGCCCAUAACUUGAUGGGCAGGCAACUUAGGGGAUGUGGGCCUGGUUAUAGCUGAGCAUGUCUUUUCUCGUCCUCCCAGACCGCAGUUCUUCAGACCUGGAGCCACUUUCAGAGAAGAGUAUAAGUUGCUCUGAAUUGAAAAAGGGAAAAGUUUGGGACUGCAAAAGAUGGAAUUCCUGGGGACGUUAAACCGGGCUAAGAUGGAGCAGAUAAGAUUUCCUUAAUUAGAGCAAGACACACCUAGUAUCUAGAGCCUGGAAGUCUUGGUCAAGGAUUCUAACAUUUCAGUUUCUCAGCACUAACAUUCCUGCUACUAAAAUGAAGUGAGAAAUUAAUUUCUGAAGUUAAGUAAAGAAAUAAACUAAAAUUCCUAGAAAAGAGAUAAGAAGAAUGAGCCUUUGAAAAAUGUCUUCACAAAGACUGGCAUGAUGGCAUGGAAGAAAGAGCCCCAGAUAUCCAGUAUACAUCUCAAGGUCAACUUGUCCAAAACAGAGCUACUGAUGAUUUUCCCCUUGAAAUCUACUCUUCCUACAGCUUAUUCAUCUCAAAUAGAUAGCUAGCGGCCAGGAGAAAUAUAGUGGAAAAUGCAAAACAACGAAAUUAUAAAGCCUGCCAAAUACUUCUCAGAAUUGGAAAAGAGCAUCCUGCUGGCUUUAGUAGAAAAGUAUAAAUAUGUGCUGGAAUGUAAGAAAAGUGAUGCGCGAACUAUUGCCCUUAAGCAGCGUACCUGGCAGGCACUGGCCCACGAAUACAACUCUCAGCCCAGCGUGUCCUUGCGGGAUUUCAAACAGCUGAAGAAGUGCUGGGAGAACAUCAAGGCUCGGACCAAAAAAAUUAUGGCCCAUGAAAGGAGAGAGAAAGUGAAACGGAGCGUCAGCCCUCUCCUGAGUACCCACGUCCUAGGGAAGGAGAAGAUCGCCAGCAUGCUGCCAGAGCAGCUCUACUUCCUGCAGAGCCCCCCGGAGGAGGAGCCCGAAUACCACCCUGACGCCUCAGCCCAAGAAUCAUUUGCUGUUUCAAAUAGAGAACUGUGCGAUGAUGAGAAAGAGUUCAUACAUUUUCCAGUAUGUGAGGGGACCUCUCAACCUGAACCCUCGUGUUCAGCUGUCAGAAUAACAGCCAAUAAAAACUACAGGAGCAAAACCUCUCAGGAAGGUGCUUUAAAAAAGAUGCAUGAGGAAGAACACCAUCAACAAAUGUCCAUCUUACAACUGCAACUGAUACAAAUGAAUGAGGUGCAUGUGGCCAAAAUCCAGCAGAUAGAGCGAGAGUGUGAGAUGGCAGAGGAGGAACACAGGAUAAAAAUGGAAGUUCUCAAUAAAAAGAAGAUGUAUUGGGAAAGAAAACUACAAACUUUUACCAAGGAAUGGCCUGUUUCCUCAUUUAACCGGCCCUUUCCCAAUUCGCCCUAAGACUUUGGGGGUGGCUCUCUUGUAAUUAAUCUGUGUUGGCAAAGAAUGUCUGGAACAUGGACUUGCGGUCAGUAACCUGUAACAGAGCUACAACUAGGAAAAUUAGAGUGGUAGUAGUCACUUAUUUAAGAAUUCAUUCAGGUAAACAAGCUGCACCCUCUGUACCCCUUAAGUGGCAAAGAAGCUGUUAUAGUCUUCUGAAAAUUAUCACUAUGAGUGCUAUAAUUCUGAAUGUAAUGUCUCUUAAUUAGAAUUCAUACAAGAACCACGUGUGAGUGUUGUUGUUGUAUUUUUUUUUAAAUCAAAUGCAAGUGUGACUAUAAAGGAGUGUGGCUGAUUUUUUUUUUCUUUUUUCUUUUUAAACAGACAGCAGAACUUUUCUAUCCAAAUGAAUGCCCUCCCAUGGAAAGUGGCUGUCCUGGGAGGCUACACGUUUCUCCAGUGGUGAUGCUGUUGCUCAGAACUUGCUAGAGGUCUUUAGGGAACCUCCGUGAGACCUGCAGCACCUUUUUAAUUUUCUCAGUGUCAUCCUCUGAGUAUGGAUUUUCUGUUUUUAAACAGCCUUUUCUAAUGUGGCUCAUAAACCACCUUUUAAGGCCUUUCCCCAAAGAGGAGUUCUAAAUAAGUCUCCAACAAUGGUAGUUUUGUUGGAACUAAGGAUGUAACUACUUUGAGGGAGAAAUGUUCGUUUAGAUUUCUACAUUCUGUUAUGUUGGUUUUAUUAAAAAAAAAAAAAAAGACUUGCAA